GUCUGAUCCAUUCUUGAAAAAUUUCUGAAGAAAAAUGAUUAGUGACUCGGGCUGCUCUGUUUUCAUGUUCAAGUUGAUCAAGUCGGGCGAUGGCAUUACACGUAUUGCUCGCAUUCAUGUUGGUCAUUUUGCAGCAGGAUCAGGGCCGGUCCUUGCCGAAAUUUGGCGAGUGGGACGUGAACAAUCCUGCUUCGGCUGAAGGAUUCACCGUCAUAUUCAGCAAGGCCAGGGACGAGAAGAAAUCCCCCAACGGAGCUGUCGGAAAUGGGGCCAUGUCGCAGAGAAACGACAAUGUGUCUAAGCCGGGAGGAGCGUAUCCUCCCAUGAAGAAACGGUGGUGCUGCUUCUGAGCCCUCUGUUUUAGCCAGACAAUUUAAGAUGUUUCGCAUGCGACAACAAUGCUCGUGGCAUUCGUAUCCGGCCUUAUGAUGGUGGUGCCGAGACACUCACUUAAGCCAUCCCUGUCUCGAUAGAAUUCUAUGUUAAUGUCGCUCGUUCUUGGAGAUUGAUUGUUCUGAAUGUUAUGUACAUAGGAAUGGAGAAAACAAUACAGCAAUCAUAGAAGAGCGGCGCCCCUCGCGAAUGUUCUUUUUGUACAGUCUCCAAAUCUUAGCUAGUCCUUUGGAGGAUUUUCAGAUGUUCACUUGUUUCAGCAAGGUUGUAUGCUGACUAAUUGUGCCGAUGCAUUUGCAUUCGAGACAAUCCUAAGCAUCAUUUUGCAAGAAGCAGUAAAUUGUGCCGAAUGUUUGA